AUGGAGCCUCCUCCGAACAGCCGGCGGGACAGAAUGGCGAGACUCAGGGGCGUCUUCAACUGGACAUACACGUACAGGCAUGAUUCGGAUGUCCCGCUCCCCUACGUCUUUUUCGUAAACCGCUCCGUGCAAGACGUCACGACGUCGCUGAAACCCCAGCAUACAUCCUCCGUCAGGACUACACGACCCAAACUUCUGGCCUGGGUGGCCAGCCGCUGUUCCAGUGCGAGUCACCGAGAAGUCUUCGUGUCCGAGCUGCGCAAGUACGUUGCGGUCGACGUGUACGGACAAUGCGGCGACCUCAAGUGCGUCGACGACCCGUGUCAAGCGCGCUUCGCCGACACGUACUACUUCUACUUGGCUCUCGAGAACAGCCUGUGUCGAGAAUACGUGACGGAGAAGUUCUACCACGCCCUGCGCUACGACAUGGUUCCCGUGGUGCUUGGUAACUACGCUAGCUCUCUGGCGCCUGCGGAUUCGUACAUCGACGCUUUCCGCUUUCCGACGCCGCGACACCUGGCGUCGCAUCUAAAGGCAGUGGCGGCGAACGCGACGCUGUACGAGCGCUACUUCGCUUGGAAGCGGACGCACGCCGUGAAGAGGACCUGGUUCGACGACCACUGCGCCCUCUGCAAGGCAGUGCACGAGGCGCGCACGGGAGAGCGCAAGCAGUACGCGGACAUCGUGCAGUGGUGGCACGGUGGUGAUAAUGGUCCUAUGUGCGCGUAUCGUUCGGACGCGGCUGCUAGGUGAAUUUGUGGCCGUGAGCUUCUGACGCAGGCGCGCAGGUUUUGGAAGAGUCGCGGGCUCUAGUACGCGCGGCGGUGGCUGCAGCAUUCCGUAGGAGACGAACUGUGAAAAGAACUUGUGAACUUAAGGUGCGCGUUCAGAAACCAAUAGUUUACGCCCUACUGCAGCCGUGAUUCCCAUCUAUGGUGUCUUUCACGUACAUUCUCACUUCUUAGGCAUGUUAAAUCUAUCUAUCUAUC